ACCUGCAGAAGAAGAAAGAAAAGAACUGAGAAUGGGGAGAUGGGGAGUUCCUUCAAAUCUCCUUAAAACCCUAAUCUUAAAGACCUCACCUUUUAAUUCAUUCUGUUCUAAUCAUCAACUAAUUCAUCAACAACCAUUAAUUUCAGGAAUUGGAAAAAAACAAUUUUUUAUCAAUAGUUUUAGAUUUCUAUCUGCUAAUCCUUGUCCAAGUAUUGAUGUAUAUGACCAAGAUUUUCCUAGUGGGGAUUCUGAUUUUAAGUCGAGGUAUGGUGUGGAAUCAAAGGAACAACAAGAAAAAGAAAAUGAUGACGAGGAAGAACGAGGAAAAAUUCCAGUAAAAGCUUAUUUUCUUUCUACCAGUAUAAAUUUGAAAAGCAUGCAAGCUGAGAAUUCAAGAUAUGUUCUUCCUGCUACUUCUCGCUCGACGAAUUUUAUCACACUCAGAUAUUGCAAUUUCCCUUCAGAAACUACUGGCGUCCAGAUGAAAGAAAGUGGAAACGGCUAUAGCUACAUGGUUGUUUUCCAUUAUGGAUCUGCAGUUUUAUUUAACGUUGAGGAUCAAGAAGUUGAUAAUUAUCUUGAUAUAGUUAGAAGACAUGCUUCCGGAUUGCUUCGAGAGAUGAGAAAGGAUGAUUAUGCUGUAAAAGAAAAGCCAGAGCUGGAGGAGGACAUGCAAGGAGGUCCUGACCAUAUUGUUCUUAAACAUUUAGAUGCUGAUGGCAUACGUGUUAUUGGAAGCGUGCUUGGUCAAAGUAUCGCCCUUGAUUAUUUUGUUUCACAGGUUGAUGGAUUAGUUGAGCAAUUUACCCAUAUAAAUCGAAGUAUGGAAAAGACUGGUACCUUCACUAUGAAAAGGAAGAAGCUUUUUCAGCUUGUAGGGAAGGCAAAUUCACAUCUUGCAGAUGUCAUUCUGAAAGUAGGUCUUUUUGAUAGAUCAGAAAUUGCUUGGCGAGAUGCGAAGUGUGCCCAAAUACUGGAAUACUUGCGAGAGGAGUAUGAAGUCACACAACGAUUUGGCAACCUUGAUUUCAAAUUGAAGUUUGUCGAGCAUAACAUCCACUUUUUUCAAGAAGUUCUACAAAACAGAAGAUCGGACCUCCUAGAGUGGUGCAUCAUUUUUUUAUUAAGCAUAGAAAAUGUAUUAUCAAUAUAUGAACUUAUUCGUGAGUCUGCAACUCCAUAGUGAAAAUGUAGUCCAAUGUUUUGCAGCAAAAAAAUAAUUUUUAUACUGGGGGCGGUAUCAUUCUACUUUUUGUAAGUCAAAUGCAUACAUAAUAGAGUUUUUUGGUUUCUGUACCUUCAA